GUAGCAAGUGCAGUCACAAUUAAGGAGGUUCCUUCCUUGAGCAAAAAUAUUCCUCUUUUCAGUUCUACUGUCUAACUAUGGCAGAUGCAGCUUCCACACAGAAUGUACUAAUCCAGAAGGGGAGAUCGAACUCAACUGAGCCCAACAAUACGUCCAUGAUGAGAAAUCAAACCAUACAGCAAUCAGUAAACAUGAAAGAAAGAGACACCUCUGAGAACAGCAAUGGUUCUCAACUGGUUGAAGUCCUAAAAAUAUUUAAGUCAAAUAUAAUGAAGAAAGCUCUGUGCUUGUUAGAGGGAAUAGCAAAGCAAGAGGCUGAAAGAGGAAUAAUCACUACAGAACAUGUGGUGGAACCGUUUCAAACAAUAUUCAGGAGUGUGGAGGAGACCCCAUUCAAAUGCAAUGACAUCUUUAAACCUCUACCCGCAGACAAGAAACCCAUCAGACGUGUGCUGACAAAGGGAGUCGCUGGAAUUGGAAAAACAGUAUCUGUGCAAGCGUUCAUUCUGGACUGGGCUGAAGGGAAAGAGAAUCAGGACAUCCACCUCAUAUUUCCACUUCCUUUCAGAGAGAUGAAUCUAAUGAAGGACAAACUCAGUCUUCUAGAGCUUCUUCAUGUUUUUUUCCCAGAAACAAAAGAAAUGGAAAUAUUCAGUGAUCAAUAUAAGGUGUUGUUCAUCUUUGAUGGUUUGGAUGAGUGUCGUGUUUCUCUGGAUUUUCACAGCAGUGUAAAGUUGUUUGAUGUAAAUGAAUCAGCAUCGGUGGACGUGAUGUUGACAAACCUCAUUGCUGGGAAUCUGCUUCCCUCUGCUCUCAUCUGGAUCACCUCCAGACCUGCAGCAGCCGAUCUCAUCCCCUCUAAAUGUAUCGAUCGAGUCACAGAGGUGCGAGGCUUCAAUGAUCCACAGAAGGAGGAAUACUUCAGUAAGAGAAUCAGUGAUGAGAGUCUGGCCAACAGAAUCAUCUCACACCUGAAGUCAUCCGUGAGCCUCUACACCAUGUGUCACAUCCCAGUGUUCUGCUGGAUUUCAGCCACUGUUCUAGAGAGAAUGUUGAGUGAAGCAGAAAGUGAAGGAGAGAUGCUCAAGACUCUCACUCAAAUGUACACACACUUCCUGAUCAUUCAGACAAACAUCAAACAUGAGAAAGAUGAAGACAUGAUCUUCAAACUGGGCAAACUGGCUUUUGAGCAGCUUGUAAAAGGCAAUGUGAUCUUCUAUGAUGAAGACCUGAGAGAGUGUGGCAUUGAUGUAGCAGAAGCAUCCGUGUACUCAGGAUUGUGCACUCAGAUCUUCAGAGAGGAGUUUGGCUUGUGUCACGGGAAAGUUUUCUGCUUCGUUCAUCGGACCAUUCAGGAACAUCUCGCAGCACUAUAUGUGCAUCUCUCCUUUAUACAUGAAGGCAUAAAUGCUUUUAUUCAAACUACAAAACCAAGAAAACCCUAUACCGUUUUGGAUUUAACUAAAUGUAUUUCAGUAAAACAGGUUUCCAUGUUUGACCUGCAUCAGAGAGCUGUCGACGAGACUUUACAGAGUAAGAACGGACACCUGGACAUUUUUCUUCGCUUUCUUCUUGGCCUGUCAAAUCCGUCAAAUCCGAUUCUUCUACAAGGCCUAAUGACACAGACAGGAAGCAGUUUCUGCAGUAACAAAGAAACACUUGAUCACAUCAAAAAGAAGUCCAAAAACAUUUCACCUGAGAAAUCCAUCAGCCUGCUUUACUGUCUGAAUGAACUGGGUGACCAUUCAGUAAUUGAGGUAAUACAUCGUUUUAUGAAAUCCAGAGCAUAUAGAGGAACAAGACUUUCAUCUCAUUGGUCAGCAUUAGCAUUUAUUCUGCUGACUUCAGAGCCGAAGAUGGAUGUUUUUAAAUUACAUGAAUUUGUUUAUGGAGAAACUAACUCAGAUGAAGUUCUUCUGAGGCUGAUGGCUAUGGUUCACACAUCUAAAGCAGUUCAACUCCAGAUAUGCAAGGUCACUGAUAAAAGCUGUGUUGCUCUGGCUUCAGCUCUGAGAUCGAACCCAUCACACCUGAGAGAACUGAAUCUAGAGGCCAAUAGUAUAGGAAACUCUGGAGUAAAGCUGCUCUCUACUGGACUGGAGGAUGCACACUGUAAUCUAAACAUUCUGGGGUUAAAUGGUUGUGGUAUCACAGAUGAAGGUUGUGCUGCUCUGGCUUCAGCUCUGAGAUCAAACCACUCACACCUGACACAACUGGAGAUGUCUAGAAACCAAUUAGGUGAUGUAGGAGUGAAACAUUUGUCAUCUGUACUUGAGAAUCCGUACUGUAAACUGCAACAACUUGGUCUCUCAAGUUGUGGUAUCACAGAUGAAGGUUGUGCUGCUCUGGCUUCAGCUCUGAGAUCAAACCCCUCACACCUGACACAACUGGAGAUGUCUGGAAACCAAUUAGGUGAUGUAGGAGUGAAACAUUUGUCAUCUGUACUUGAGAAUCCGCACUGCAAACUGCAACAACUUGAUCUCUCAAGGUGUGGUAUUGCAGAUGAAGGUUGUGCUGCUCUGGCUUCAGCUCUGAGAUCAAACCCCUCACACCUGACACAACUGAAGCUGAAAUAUAAUCAAAUAAGUGAUUCAGGAGUUAAGCUGCUCGCUAGUGGACUGGAGAAUCCUCAAUGUAAACUGAAGAUACUGUGGUUGGACAGCUGUGGUAUCGCAGAUGAAGGUUGUGCUGCUCUGGCUUCAGCUCUGAGAUCAAACCCUUCACACCUGAAUGAAUUGUAUCUGAACUCUAAUAAACUAGGUAACUCUGGAGUCAAGCUGCUCUUUGCUGUACUGGAGGAUCCUCAAGUAAAACUUGAGAAGAUUAAACUGAACGAUUGUGGUAUCAGCGAAAUUGCUCCGAUGUCAUCACAACUUAAAGAACUGCAUCUAUCUUUUAAUAACCUAGGACAUUCAGGAAUGAACCUGCAGCGCCUACGCAUCUGAUGAGCUUCUCUAUGAUCUGGUGAUCAUUCUUUCUGCUGGAAUCUACGACGUGGACAGUGGAUGGUCCCUUCCUGCAGUGACUCUCCCCUGGGCGUCUCGGCAGUUCCGGAGGUGUUCGAGCAAUUUCCUUUUCUAAAAGAGCAAAUUUCUCCAGCGUGGCUUGUCCUGCUGUUCUCAUGGGUGCAACACACUCAUCGAGGAGGGGGACGGACACAAUGCCUGCUUCCAGUCCGCUGGGGCAGACGUUGUGGAUACGUCCUGCCCGCACUGCGGGCGGUGACGAUUCAGACGUUGCGUCACAGGUCCACUUCGUUUGCUCCCCGUUCCGUGGCGGCAGGACUACGGCCCUGCCGUCCGCUACGGCAAGCAGCGAGGGUGAUAUGAGGAUUACUGUGAGCAAUAAUCCGCCAGCCACGGGCUCACGGACCAUUCACACCUCGUCUCGCUCGUCUGACCGUUCCCCAGGAGACGGUCUGCCAUCUUAUUCCUCAAUCGGGACACUCACCGAGGACGGGGACGGACACAAUGCCUGCUUCCAGUACGCUGGGGCAGACGUUGUGGAUAUGUCCUGCCCGCACUGCGGGCGGUGACGAUUCAGACUUUGCGUCACGGGUGGCUGUGCUCCUACGGGACUCAGCCACCACCUCGUUUGCUUCCCGUUCCGUGGCGGCAGGACUACGGCCCUGCCGUCCGCUUCGGCAAGCAGCGAGGGUGAUAUGAGGACUGUGAGCGAUAAUCCGCCAGCCACUGGCUCACGGACCGUUCACUCCUCAUCUCGCUCGUCUGUCCAUUCCCCAGGAGACGGUCCGCCGUCUUAUUCCUCAAUCACGUAUUCGGACACGAUGCGUGAUGAUGAGAGGUCUCUUGCAGCAUCGGGGGUGACGUACUGCCAUCCAACUCCGACGAUUCCACGGGCUCCCUCCCUCGGGGGGUCGAACCCAGGAAGAAACGGACGUCGAGAUGUCAGCCAUGCUUUCCCGGGCCGCCGUGAGCGUUGGGUUGCAGUGCCCACACUGCCUUUCCCGGCGCUCGCUGCUGGUUACAUGGUGCCUCGGGUUUGAGCGCGGCUCCGAGCCGCGCCCGCCCCCAGUGCCGUGUUUACCGGAAGUGCAUGAGGAACUUGGUAAGACCUGGAACGCCCCUUUCCGGCACGUUUUACGUCAAACAAAGUUCAGUCACCCUCUCUUCCCUCGAGGUUGAGACAGCUGGAGGAUACGUUGUUGUCCCCCAGGUGGAGUUGCCGCCGCGGGCUCGUGCCUGUAGGCGGCGGCCACCUGUGGGGGGGGUGACCUAGACUCCCGUCCAAGGCAAGCUUACAUUGCGGCGGACCAAGCUGCCUCCUCUCUCCACUCUAUGGCUCCUGCCAGGCCAGGGCGUUGAGAGUGCUCCACGAGGGAUUGACCCAGCGCGUAUGCAGGAACUCCGCGCCGCCACCGACCUCGCUCUACGGGCGACCAAGGUGACCACGCGGGCCCUGGGUCGGACGAUGUCCACACUUGUGGUCCAUGAGAAACUCCUCUGGCUGAUCCUUGCGCAGAUGAGUAACGCUGAGAAGGUCCGCUUUCUCGACGCACCCGUCUCGCAAGGGGGGGGCUGGUUGGUGUUACUGUCGAGUGAGGCCUCCCCGGAGGAUUCUCGACAGUAAAGAAGCAGUCCUCCGUGCCGCGACUCGGCUGCCUCGGCCAUCGAGUCCCGUGCAAUGUCUGCUUCCCGGCAGCCCUGGUCCUCUUCGACGCCCUCCAGCUCUGGCGCCCCCCCACUCAGGCGGCUCCCCCUGGAGGCGACAGUGAAGAGGAGACCAUCGCCCCAUCAGGGCGCGGCGAAGCGGCCCUCAUGGGAAGACCUCAGGAGGAUCGAGGCUACCAUUGGGCCCGACCCCAGCCACAUCGCUGGGUAGUUGGAUAGGGACGGAUCCUGCCCCAUCUCUCCAUCUGCUGGCCCCCUCCGGGGGGCUAGCGCCCACUUACUCUCUAAGGAGAGUUUCCUCUCUCUCGGGGUUAUCACAGCCGCUCCCACCCUCUGCACGACGGUGAACGGCAAACUCGACGUUGCGUCAUGGUGAAGCGCAAUGUCGAGUAUAAACACCAGCCCUCAGCACUCUCAGUCAGACAGUGCGUUGAGCUGCGCAGUCACCAGGCAGGAAAAACAGCAGAGCUGAUCUCCUCCCCGGGGGACCUCCCCCGGCAAGGAAUCCGUACUGCUAGCCAUCGAACCACCCCCUGGGGGGACGAUGAAAAAGAUCGUACCUUUAGUCCAGUCUCAUUUCUGGGAGCCUGUCCGGCUUCCCAGACUGUCAGGCUGGCUAGGGAAGACGAUCCGUCUCAGCUACGCGAUCCAGUCGCCUCACGCCCGUCAAGUUCAAGGCGAUAUACCUCAGUCAGAGGAUAUUCCCGUACUUCGGGCCGAGGUCGCCACCCUUCUGGUGAAGGGAGUGAUCAAGCCCGUCUCACCAGCCGAGAUGUGUAACGGGUUUUACAGCCUGUACUUCAUUGUCCCCAAGAAAUGCUGGGGGUUGCGCCCUAUCUUGGGUCUGUGUGUUCUGAACAGGCACCUACACAAUAGCUGCCUUUCACGUUGUUCACGCAGAAGCGCAUCCUGACGUCCGUCAGGUGUCAGGACCGGUUCAUGGAAGGACACGUACUUCAUGUCUCGAUCCUCCCUCGACAUCGGCCGUUCCGAUGGUUCGCGUUCGAGGGACGGGCAUAUCAGUACAGGGUUCUCCCCUUCGGUCUGUCCCUGUCUCCACUAGUCUUUACGAAGGUCGUGGAAGCCGCCCUCCUUCCCCGUAGGGAAGGGGGUGUGUGGGUACUAACUAUCUCGACGACUGGCUAAAGUUUUGGCACACUCUCGAGAUCUGUUUUGUACACACAGGGACCUGGUGCUCCGGCACCUAGAUCGGUGGGGCUACAGGUCAACUGAGAUAAGAGCAAGCUCUCCCCGGUGCAGAGCAUCCUCUUUCUCGGUAGGGAACUCAACUCUGUCCUCACGAGCGGCCCCGCUCACCCCCCGGCGGGCGCGAGACCCGCGACGAGGAAGCCCGCACCCUCGCAGCCUCCCAGAGGCAGGGCGACUGACUAGCGCGCCCGAUCAGUGUUGAACUGCCUGAAGAUCAGACAGUCAGCGGUCCCCCUGUAACAAGAGGCUCCUGGGAUACAUGGCAUCCUCGGCGGGGGUGGUCCCCCUCGGGUCGAUGCACAUACGACUGCUCCAACACUGGCUGCAGAGUCAAGUUCCUUGGAGAGCGUGACACACCGGCAGCAGGCGUAUGGUCACACGCUUUUCUGCCGACACACCCUAACCCCCUGGUCUCCAUGACCUUCUUGCAGACAGGGGUCCCCUUUGGGAUGCCUCCCUGCAAGGUUGGGGUGCCGUGUGCAACGGGCAAGCAGUGUCGGGGCGGUGGACGGGCCCCCGCCUGCGUUGGCAUUCAACUGCCUAGAGUUGUUGGUUGUGCUACUUGCAUUUAGGAGGCUACUACCUCUCGUGCAGGGAAGCACGUGCUGGUCCGGUCGGACAGCACAGCUGCUGUGGCGUAUUCUUCACUCACAGCAGCUAACAUGACUCGCCCGACGCCUUCUCCUCUGGAGUCAGCAGGUGAUCAGCUCCCUGCGAGCCACACACAUCCCAGGCGUCCUGAACCAGACAGUCUAUGCGCUCUCUCGUCAGUCGACGCCUCGCGGAGAGUGGCGACUCCCUCCCCGCGCAGCCGGCUCAUUUGGGGCAGUUCGGCCAGGCACAGGUGGUCCUGUUGCCUCCCCGGACUCCUCCCAUUGUCCGCUUUGGUACUCCUUGUCCGAGGUACCCUCGGCACGGAUGCCCUUGUGCACAGCUGGCCGUGGGACAAGCGGAAGUACGCUUCCCCCCAGUGAGCUUCAUUGCACAGGUCCUGUGCAAGGCCAGGGAAGAGGAGCAUCAAGUGGCACUAGUUACGCCCCUUUGGCCUAACCAGGACUUGGUUCUCGGAGCUGAGGCUCUGACAACAACUCCCCCUUGGCCGCUCCCCCUGGCGAACAGCUUCCCCAGGGGAAGGGGCACGUUACGGCAUCCCAGGCAAAACCUGGUCUCCAUGUCUGGAUGGGACGAGGAGAUCCUGAGUGACCCACCCCCGAUCCCGUUGGGACGUCACUCAGGCUAGGGCUUCGGCCACUGGGCGGCUAUACGCCCAUAGGUGGCGCCUCUUCUCGUACUGGUGCUCUUCUCGCCGAGAAGACCCGCGGAGUUGCUCGGUCGGGUACGAGCUGUCCCGUCCUCAAGAGAGCGGG